AUGGACUCAAUUAUCACAAUCCAAGACCUAGAUGUCGAAGAAAAGCACCGCCAUUCGAGACACUCUAUUCUACCUCUUACCACGGGCUCGUCGUCUGGUCUGAACAACGCAUCUUCAAAACCUGGUUUCCUCGAACAGGGUCUCGGAAGCACGAUCAUCGCUUCUGCAUUAGCUUCCUCCCCCGAUCAUCACAGCAUGUAUAGUAGUAGUGCUGGCAGCAAUACCGCUGUCUUGAAUAUAGGCUCUAGCCCGACAAUUCUGAACAGUCACGCACCGCCAAACAAGAAUAGCAGGAAUCUGGGUAUGGGGAUCAGCACGUAUGGACUUCAGCAGCCGAGUCUCAGCAGUAAUAGUAAUAGCUCGACAUCGGCGUGGCAGCCUUCCAUACAGUCAUACCAUAAAACACACCCUCCGCAAAUACAGCUUCAGCAUCAACAGCAGCUCCCACCACCGCCAAUAUUACCUUUAUCGCUUAUUAAUGCUUCACCAGCCUCUUCUUCCUCUACUAGUACCGCAUCCUCAUCAACAUCUGCACACACUCAACAACAGCAAAAUUCAUCUCAUUCUGUAUCUCACAUAUCUUCAUCCUCGUCUCCAAUGCCGAACGACUCAACUAUAAUACCGAUGCCGUUUGGAAUGGUGAUGCCAUCAUCUCCAACGCCGAAACUGACGUCCAUGCAGCAUAAGCUGGAACGUAAACGGGUUGCGUUCAAUCAGCAGUUGAAGGAGCCUGUUAGGCCGUCUUCUAUAAAUACGGUCGCUGCUGCUGCUACGUCGGCUGGUAUGGCUAGUAAUGGUACUGGUAUUAAUACGGCGGCCAGUGUUGUGCCGCCUGAGACGACUAAUGAGAAUCGUAGUAGUAAAACGACUGAUGUGGUUAUUGAACAGAAGGGAUUUGCGCCCUAUGUGAUAGGCAAGCAUCACACGCGGAAGGAUCAUCGCAUACCUCUGACGCAAAUGAUGACACUACAACUCGUCUUUCUGUAUACCAAAUGCAAUCCCGAAUUCAAUUACGAAAAUGAACAUAAUCCUCGGCGGGUUUUGACCAAACCUUCCAAACCAGUGUACAAUGAUGGAUUUGAUAACGAAGAGUACGAUUAUAUACUCUAUGUGAAUGAUACGUUGGGGUCGGCUGAGGGUCAAAAGUAUCAGAUUUUGGAUGUGUUGGGACAAGGGACAUUUGGACAAGUAGUGAAAUGUCAGAAUCUGUAUACGAAGGAGCUGGUGGCUGUUAAGGUUAUCAAGAACAAGCCGGCGUACUAUAAUCAGUCGCUUGUGGAGGUUAUGAUUCUAGAGUUGCUGAAUGCCCAAUAUGAUCCAGAUGACAAGCAUCACCUACUGAGAAUGAAGGAUACCUUCAAUUUCAGAAAUCAUCUUUGUAUUGUUUGUGAAAUGCUCUCGGUGAAUCUAUACGAGCUCAUCAAACAAAACCAGUUUCGAGGCUUGUCGAGCAAUCUGGUUCGAAUAUUCGUCACUCAGAUGUUGGAUGCUUUGGCUGUGCUGAAUCGAGCUAAAAUCAUACAUUGUGAUUUGAAGCCUGAGAAUAUCUUGCUACAAAAUUUGGAUACUCCCUAUAUCAAGAUCAUUGAUUUUGGAUCUGCAUGCCAUGAGAAUCAAACUGUCUAUACAUACAUCCAGUCUCGAUUCUAUCGAUCGCCUGAAGUGCUGAUGGGGUUACCGUAUACCUCAUCGAUUGAUAUGUGGUCGAUAGGUUGUAUCGCUGCUGAACUGUUUCUGGGACUGCCUCUGUUUCCUGGGUCGUCAGAAUAUAAUCAGCUCAGUCGGAUUGUUAGCAUGUUGGGGAUGCCUCCUACUUACAUGAUUGAGCGGGGUAAAACCGCAUUCAAUUUUUGUAACAAGUCGAUGGGUCCUGAUGGGAAGAUGGUGUAUUCGUUAAAGACUAUGGAGCAGUACAGCCUAGAACAAGAUUGUACAGAGGCACCAUCGAAAAAGUAUUUUGUGGGGACGACAUUGGCAGAAGUGAUUUCAAGUUAUCCAGUCGUGAAGAAGGGAUUAUCGCAAAAGGAAAUCGAGAAGGAAAUGCAAAAUCGAUUGAGCUUUAUCGAUUUCUUGCAAGGUCUACUAGUCCUAAAUCCACUAGAACGCUGGAGUCCUCAACAAGCUAAAAUGCAUCCCUUCAUCACUGGUGAAAAGUUUUCUGGACGAUUCACUCCGCCCAUGCACGCCAUUCCUUCAAGUAGCUCUGGCCCUAGACCGAGAGCCACAACUAUAAACUCAGCCUCGUCGCAAGUACCUCCCGAGUUGCGUGGUAUAGUUGGACUACAGCAGCAGGGUACUAGUAAUCUCAGCAAGGCAUUGAAGGAGAAGAAGCCUACUGUAGUAACAGUCGACACUGAUGUGGGUAAUCGUGCAACUACUAUUGCUGCUGAGUUGGAUAAAGGUCGACCUCCAUUGUCACCAGAACGAGAGGAUGCAGUUGGAAGUGCUGCUUUGAAAGUAGCGCAGGGCAAGCAUGAACACUACAAACAGUCAUCUGUUGUGGUGCAGGAUGAUCGGCCAGCAUCUGGAGAUGCUCUGAGUGGUGCCAGUAGCGCUUCUGAUAAUGUUACUACAGUUAAAGCCGUAGUAGAACACGAUGAAUUCGACUUGGAAUCAGGACUUGAUCGAAGGCUGCAGUCAAUACAGGUAGCAGAUACUACUACGAGUGAUAAUAAGCUUGCUAAAGGUCAAUUGUCGGUCGAGUCGUCGCCAAUACCGUCGUCAUCAGAUGCUGGUGUUGCACCCGCUAGUCGAUUCCCUCGAGACGGUGUUCGCAAGAACCAAAGCGAACCGACACCAGCAGCUAUGGAAGAACUAGAUGCCAUUCAACAAUCGAGUGCUUUUUCGCUACGUAAAAUCAGAUCUGAAUCAGAGCCUAGUUUCAGUCCUAGUAUACAGGAGCCUGUUACUGCUACGACGACGACAACGACGACAAGUACGAAACGACAUUCGUAUGAUUCACAGGCUAAUCAUCCAAGGCAUGGUGCUACGGGAGAGAGGCCUUCACUGCCUUCUAGACUACCUAGUGCAGCAUCGAAUAUCUGGGAUCCAUUCGAGGACGUUGAAAGUGGAGCUCCCGUCACUCGUAGAGAUAGUAUGAGCAGCUCUCUCGCUAGUCUCUUCUCUGGCUUUAGUAGUAGGAGAGGAAGUGCUAGUGGUGCAGCAUCGAAAGGAGUGACGCCGCCUCGAUCGGGCUCGUUUUCGCUAUCGUCACAACAAAUAGUGGACAUAGGUAGCACGAACAGCAGUCCACGAAUAUCUAAUAGUAAUAGUAGCGUUACGAGUCCUCGAGUCUCUAGUGGUGUUUCUCAAUCAGAUUCGUAUUCGACUCCACCUGGAGUAUCACCGAGUGCCGGAUUAGGAAUAGGUCUGUUUAGCCCGGGAUAUGCAUACCCUACAGAGUCAACACCACGAUAUUCUUCAUCAACACCACCACCGCCAACACUUCCGCCACCCCCGAACGGAAGGUUCCCAUUAUCACCUAAUAUGAUUGCUGGUGCACCUCUGAGUAAUACACAACGGUAUCCUUCGCAGGGCUCUCUAGGAAGAGAGUAUGGACAUGUGGAUAGCAUAGCUUCUACUCAAUGGGCGUCGAAUCGUAACUUGCAUGCUGAGACGGGUUUAAUACCGGGCGGAUUUCCAGGAAUUGGGAGUCCUGAUGUCAAUAGUAGUACGACGGGCAGUACUAGCAAUACUAGUAUUGAUGAGACUGGUGGUAGCAGCGGUGGAGGUUUGCUGAGGCGGCAGCCGCCAAAGGAUGGUGAAUACGCCGCGUGA